AUCAGACCUACCUACAUCAGAUGUUUAUGCCUUCGUUGCCCAGACUUGGUUUUCUUUUUGUCUACAACUGGAGCGGGUUUUCGAUUUAUCCCGUCGCUCCGUACAUAAGCUAUCGGGUUUUGCUUCACCGGUCUCGACAAGCUCCUGGAAUAUAGUCACUGCGUCGUCCUCUGUCGACGCUCUCUCCACCUUUUUUCCUGCGUUAGGACAUUCAACGACAACACUGCAUGUCGAUUCCCACUCGAGCAUUACCGAGAGGCCGACCCAUUACCGCCGAUUUCAAAAGACGUUACUCGAAUUUGUCCCGCCCGUAGGCGGUCCUGCAUCUCUCAGGUUCAAGACUCGGGCCUCCAUCCUUCUUAUAACCAAUUCUCGCUAGACGACACAUCCACAAGAAUCUACUCACCAUGGGUCUGGUAGAUCAUGCCCUCGAGUAUCUUACUCUCAAAGUCGUCUUGGUCUUUGGCGCAAUAGCCUGGGGGUUAUGGGUAGCCGUAAAGCGCUUCGAUGAGACCAUACGGCUGCGCCGUUUGGCGCCUGGCACUCGUGGCCAGUCCCUGAAUGCCCGUUUCCCCGGUGGCAUCGACUUCAUCUUCAAGGCCGUCCGCGGGACAAUGACGCACAAGAACGUUGAGUUCUGGAAGGACAUGCUCUCCAAAGUCAAGGGCUGGACCGGCGAGAAGAGGAUCCUCGGCCUGCGCAUCGUCUUCACCGCCGACCCGGAGAACAUCAAAGCCAUCCUCGCCACCCAGUUCUCCGACUAUGGCAAGGGCGAGCCCUUCCAUCAGGAAUGGAAGGAGUUCCUCGGCGACAGCAUCUUCACGACCGACGGCGACCAGUGGCACGCCAGCCGGCAGCUCAUUCGACCCCAGUUCAUCAAGGACCGCGUCAGUGACUUGCACUGCUUCGAGUCGCAUAUCCAGACCUUGUUCAAGGCUAUUGCCAACGGCGGCGCUUUAGAUGGAGAGGAUCAGGUCGUCAAUAUGGAUGCCGUUGACGGCAAGGUCAUGGACGUGUCGGACCUCUUCUUCCGAUACACCUUGGACGUGGCAACUGACUUCCUCCUAGGUCAGGACGUAAAGUCUCUUUCAACCGUCAAGCAAGAGUUCGCCGAAGCCUUCAACGAAGUCCAGCGCGUCCAGAACAUCCUCGCCCGCGCCGCCAAGCUGAAACCCUUCAUCCCCCUCUUCUCCUUCCGUGCCGGCCUCAACGUAAUGAACGACUUUGUCAACAAGUUCAUCGAGCGCGCCCUCCGCCUGAGCCCCGAGGAACUCGCCUCCAAGACGAAAUCAGACUCAGGGUACACCUUCCUCCACGAGCUCGCCAGCUUCACCCGUGACCGCAAAGUCCUCCGCGACCAGCUCGUCGCCGUCCUCCUCGCAGGCCGCGACACCACCGCCGCCUCCCUCUCCUGGACCCUAUACGAGCUGGGCCGCCACCCGGAAGUCGUCCGCAAGCUCCGCGCCGAGAUCAUCGAGCAGGUCGGCCUCGACCGCGAACCCACCUACGCCGACCUCAAGAACAUGAAAUAUCUCCAAAACGUCAUGAACGAGGUCCUGCGCCUCUACCCCGUCGUCCCCUUCAACGUCCGCCUCGCCCUCAAGGACACGACCCUCCCCGUCGGCGGCGGGCCCGACGGCACCUUACCGCUCGCCGUGUGCAAGGAUACGCCGAUAGGGUACUCCACGCUCCUGAUGCAGCGCCGCGAAGACCUGUACCCGCCCGUGUCCGAGACGUUUGCGCACCCGGAGACCUUUUCGCCCGAGCGGUGGUACCACUGGCAGCCCAAGCCGUGGACGUAUAUUCCAUUUAACGGCGGGCCCCGGAUCUGCAUCGGGCAGCAGUUCGCGCUGACGGAGAUGAGUUAUACGCUGUGCCGGCUGUUUCAGAGGUUUGAGAGGGUGGAGAGUUAUAUGGAUGCCGUUGACGGCGGGAAGCCGACGCUCAAGGCGGAGAUUGUGCUGCAGCCUGGAGAUGGUGUCAAGGUUGCUUUCUGGAGGGCGAAGCAGGGGUAAAUGUGAAGGAUUUUGACGCUGCUGAGAGAGAGAGAGGGGGGGAGCGAGUUCGUUUUGCGACGACGAUUGGAAAGAUAUUUGAGAUUAGGUGGAUGACUGAUGAUUACGACGAACAUCUCUACACAAUACUCUUGCUCUGUAAGAUAUAUUUCUCAAGGCAGCGUCAGCCGUCUUCUCAUCGCACUGUAGGCGAAAUGGUGUGGGAGGUUGGGAUAAGCAAACCUCUUUUGUGUAACGGACAAGCCCCAUACACGACGACAAGCCACAUCCCGACCUUUCUCUUCCCCCAGAGACUGAGGCUACCCUGGAGGAUGCUGCCAAAGUAGGCGCCCACUUCAAAUUAGGAGUAGAGUAAGCAAAAGCGGGUACUCGCGUUAAAGAGCAGGGCUAUUUGAUAGGGCUGAAGUGAGAGGCGGCCAAAGUUGAGAGCGGAUUGUGGCUGCUGAUGUGCAUGGGCGACCGUUGUCUUGGCUUGGCAACUUUGGGUUGCAGUGUUUGUUGGAAGCUAGCCUGAUAGGAAAUUGUGUCAAGACGAUCUGGGAUUGAAGAGGGUUGCGAGACGGGUUUGGAGUCUGAUAGCGCCGAAGAUCUAUUACCACGGGACAUCUUGGAUUUGGAUCCGUACUUUUAUGUAUACUUAAGAAACCGUG